ACAGACUUUUAUUAGCUUGUGAAAAAGUUUGCAUCUUUAUGCUAUAGUGCUGUUCACUCUUGCUUCUCUGUACAACAGACUUGUCUUCAUAAACUCAGUAUAAUGCAUGCUAAACUCCUUAGACCUCGCUCUUAUUUUCCAAACCUCAUCAGUAAUAUCAUCUCGAUCCUUUGCUUAUCAGUCUUCAUCCCAAGACAUAAUGCUAAAGUUGAUCUUGACAUGUACAACAACUGUAGUAAGCCAACUACUUCUCCAUGUGGCACAGAUUUAGGAUGGGGAGUUAAUUACCCUUUCUGGGGUGAAGAUAUUCGACCUUCAUAUUGUGGUCUUGAAGAAUAUGAGCUGAGCUGCGAAGAAAACAGCCUAGUUGUUGAUUUUGCUUCGGAUAUCAAGUAUAAUGUACUGGCAAUCAAUCCUUUCACAAUUACGAUAGAAUUAAAACCUUUAGGUAAUCCUCUCAAGUCUAUCUGUGAACCAAGUUCCAGCUCAAAUCAAGAUACAGAACAUAACGAUCCGGUGUUUUAUUCCCGCGAGAACUCCGAAGUUAUCUACGUGUUCUACAAUUGUAGUGAUCAUGCUCAAACAACCUCGAUCAAGGCAAAUUUCAGUUGCGGGAAUGACAACAGAGACCCAGUUUAUUUCUUCCGCAAUGAUUCAUUUGAGCAAGCUCAAAAAAAACUCAGCUCGUGUAAUUACACAAGGCUUCCGGUUCAUAUGAGCUUGCUUGAAGAGUUCAUAUCGGACCACAACCCAGCACAGGAAACAGCAGAAAAGCUUUUGGUGGGGAAGUUUGAGGUUUACUAUAAUGUAGAAAACAAUCAAGUCUGCAAAGAGUGUUAUGAACAUGAUGAUGGAUUGUGUUGGAAAGACACAUAUGUAGGUAGCAAAGACCCAUGCCUUUAUCAAUCAGGAAGUAAAAAGAGUAAGGGACUUAUUAUUGGCGCAGCAGUUGGUGUAUUAGGAGGUACCAUACUUCUGCUAUCGGUUCUCGUCAUCUUCUGCUGCCGGAAGAAAACCAACUAUGGUUCAUUUUUGUUCUCUAAAAAUGUAUCUUCUUUUCCGAAAGAUGUUGAUGCCUUCAUAAAGCAAUAUGGAUCCUCGAUUCCCAGGAGAUUUAGAUACUCUACAAUUAAAAAAGUAACAAAUUCGUUCAAGGAUGAAUUAGGUAAAGGGGGCUAUGGAACUGUAUAUCGAGGCCGCUUAUCAGAUGGACGUGUCGUGGCAGUGAAGGUCUUGAAUGCAACAAAAGGAAAUGGAGAAGAAUUCAUUAAUGAAGUUGCAAGCAUUGGUAGGACUUCUCAUGUUAAUGUCGUCACCCUCCUUGGCUUUUGUUAUGAAGGUAAACGACGAGCUCUUAUAUAUGAGUUCAUGCCUAAUGGAUCUCUGGAAAAGUUCAUUUAUGGUACAAACCCUUUGUUGGAUGGACAACAUCUUGGAUGGGAGAAAUUGUUGAGGAUUGCAAUAGGUAUUGCCCGGGGACUAGAAUACCUACACCGAGGCUGCAACACUCGUAUCCUGCAUUUUGAUAUAAAGCCACAUAACAUUCUUCUUGACAAAGAUUUUUGCCCAAAGAUAUCUGAUUUUGGGCUUGCAAAAUUAUACACCACAAACGAAAGUGCAGUCUCAUCUUUACUGCAAGCUAGAGGAACCAUUGGUUAUAUUGCUCCCGAAGUUAUUAGUAGAAAUUUCGGACAAGUGUCCCAUAAAUCUGAUGUGUACAGCUAUGGAAUGAUGAUUCUUGAAAUGGUUGGAGGGAGAAAGAAUGUUAAUGCCAGUGCAGAUCAUACUAGUCAGAUAUAUUAUCCACGUUGGCUCUACAAGCGACUCCAAUUUGAUGACGUGCUAAAUAUGGCAAAUGAAAUUUCUGCAGAAGAAAAUGAACUUGUUAGGAAAAUGGUGAUGGUCGGACUCUGGUGCAUACAAAUCUAUCCAUCACAAAGGCCAUCGAUAAGCAAGGUGAUUGAAAUGUUGGAAGGGCAGACAGCAGCUUUGGAGAUCCCACCACGUCCAUACUUAUGUUCAGUUCCGGGUUCUCCAUCAAAUUCUCCAGAAAAACCAGUGUUCUGCUCUUCUUCAGGAACAGAACCCACUUUAUCUGCAUGAUGGUUAAGGCAAGAACCUUUCCUCAAUAUGAAAUACAUACUAUAGUCUAAAGAGCACAACAUGCUCUUAUAUAAUUUUAGGGUAAACUUUGAAGGUACAAAAACAAAAUGUAUAAAAUAUCAUGUACUAUUAAUAUUUGUCAACCCAUUUCACGGUUACUAGCUAAAACUG